AAGAUCGGAAUCUGCAAAUUUCUUAUUAGGCUUUUCUCAACGGCUGCUUUCUUCAUCAUCUUCAUCUUCUUCGUUCAACCUUUCUCCGGUCCGGUCUCCGAUCAAUAUCCAGGACUGACUGCUCGGAGGCGUUUCAGGUUCACGAUUUCAUCUCUCUAGACUCUCUCAUUACCUCAAUCCGUAACAAUGGGGUUCGCUUCGUUCCUUGGACGCUUGCUUUUCGCUUCUAUAUUCAUCCUCUCCGCCAGACAAAUGUACAAUGAUCUUGGAACGAAUGAUAGCCCAUCAGCUCAGCAAUUUGCUCCAAAGUUAGCAGUUUUGCAAGGGUUUCUGAAUACCAAAUUUGGAGAUGAAGCAAUACAGAUUGAUGUUAACCUUUUGGUUGCUGCUGCCAUUGUUCUUAAAGGGCUUGGUGGAUUUCUUUUUGUGUUUGGAAGUACAUUUGGUGCUUAUUUAAUGGUUUAUUACUUGGCAUUUACCACACCAGUCUUGUUUGAUUUCUAUAAGUAUUCUUAUGGGGGGGAUAAAUUUAAUUAUCUAUUGGAAGAAUUCAUGCAGGGAUUAGCCUUGUUGGGAGCUUUGCUGUUUUUCCUUGGUAUGAAGAACUCAUUGCCAUCAAAACAACUGAAGAAGAGGAUCCCAAAAGCAAAGACAACUUGAGCUAUUUAUUUAUUUAUUUAGAAGAGGUGCUUGUUUCAGAUUUGGAUUAGACAUUUUUUUUCUUUUUCUUUAGAUUAGUAGAAUAUAUAAUAAUAAUAUAUGUAUGAUUAUGUUAUUUUCUUCUGGAUUUAAUUAUUUUUUUCUUUCCUGAGUUACAAAUGUAAUUUCA